UGUGCGAGCGCUGAUGGAUUUUAAACGACAUUUUGCUGAACAUUGUUCCGCGAUGAACCCGCCACGCCACUUGUCCGCCUUUCUGUUUUUGUGGAUCUGCCUUGGAGCAGAAGUAAGUAUGACACAAGGGAAGACUGAAACGGUUCCAUCAUCCAUUUCAAGCAGUGCUUCUUCCAGUACAUCCUCUCCUCUAUUCAAUACGACACAGUUGCCGUCCAUGUCGACAAACAAAAUCACAUCUGCUCAGCCAACAAUCACAAAUAAUCCAUUUAGCCCAUCGGUGAACAGUACGUCCAGCCCAUCGGUGAACAGCAUGUCCAGCCCAUCGGUAAACAGCAUGUCCAGUCCAUCGGUGAACAGUACAUCCAGCCCAUUGGUGAACAGCAUGUCCAGCCCAUCGGUGAACAGCGCGUCCAGCCCAUCGGUGAACAGCAUGUCCAGCCCAUCGGUAAACAGCAUGUCCAGCCCAUCGGUGAACAGUACAUCCAGCCCAUCGGUGAACAGUACAUCCAGCCCAUCGGUGAACAGUACAUCCAGCCCAUCGGUGAACAGCAUGUCCAGCCCAUCGGUGAACAGCAUGUCCAGCCCAUCGGUAAACAGCAUGUCCAGUCCAUCGGUGAACAGCACGUCCAGUCCAUCGGUGAACAGUACGUCCAGCCCAUUGGUGAACAGUACGUCCNCUCCAUCAUUGAACAGUACGUCCAGCCCAUUGGUGAACAGUACAUCCAGCCCAUCAGUGAACAGUACAUCCGCUCCAUCAUUGAACAGUACGUCCACUCCAUCAUUGAACAGUACGUCCAGCCCAUCGGUGAAUGGAACGUCCAGCCCAUCAUUGAACAGUACAUCCAAAAGUACAACCCCUAUGAACAUGACUUUUAGAACCUCCUUUACUACUCCAGGAAACAUGAACCUCACUACAAUUGUUAAUGUCUCAUCCACAAUACAGCCAAAUAAUACUGCAACAUCUAGUGGAAUCUUUACAACUUUGUCCAGUGAAAGGACAAUGGUGUCUGUCACAAGCUCAAAUAAUACAGAACAUCCAAUUCUCUCUGCCACGACAGCUGGUAUAAACACUACAAGCACCAUGUUCACAGAAAACAGGUCAACAGUCAAAAGGACAACCAGUUCUAUUUUGACUAAUCAGUCUACAACCUCUUUUCUGUUGAGUUCUACAGUUGCUUCCAAUACGACCAGUACAAUCUCUACAAACAUUAGUGUAGUACCCCCCAGGACCACGACUGUCAUUUCAACACCAACUCCUUUGCCAAACUCUACUGCUUCUAAAGUGACCUUGACAUCACUUGCAACCACACAAGGGCCUGCCAAUGCCACCACCAGCCAGAGCACCAUACCACUGACAAACACUGCUGUUCUGAACUCCUCAACUACUCAGCAGCUCAGUAACACUAUUCCAAGUGGCAAUUCAGCAUCUGGCACCACAACUAGAUAUGUAACCACAAGUGAUAUGCAGUCAAGCCGUGCCACAGUGUCCACUGUGCUGACAACUAUGAAGACCACCACCAAGAUGUCAAUCUCGACAGCAAAUUUCAAUAUAACUUUCAGAAUUGUCAACAAGGUUUUUAAUAACACCUUGAAAGAUAAAACUUCUCCACAAUUCAAGGACUUGCGUGAUCAAGUUAUUAAAGCGCUGGGCGAAGCUUACGGUUGUUCUACAUGCUCCCUCCGUUCAUCAUAUGAGGGUUCCGAAGUUCUACGUUUCACGAACGGGUCAGUCAUCGCUGAAACUAAAUCUACCUUCAACUCUGAUGCCUCUGUAAACCAGGGCACAGUUGAGAAACAGUUUAAUGAUGCCUUAAAGAAUUAUACAAUCAACAAUCUAGUGGUCAAAGAUAUAGAAGUGAAUGAGAUAAAACCCGUUGCCAGCACAACCACAACUUCCCAGCCUCCAACUGUCCCUGGCUGGGGCAUUGCUCUUCUGGUCCUGGUCUGCAUUAUUCUCCUGUUGAUCAUCAUCAUCAUCAUUCUCAUUAUAAUCUACCUGUGUCGCCGCAGAAGUCAUGGAAAGUUCGAAGUGUUUGGUUCUCGAGGAUCAUACUACCCGAUGGCUGAUCGGAGUGAUUACCCACAAUACAUGACUCAUAGCAGGUUCCCAGCACCUAAUGGCAAGCAGAACUCCUACAAUCAGGUAUCUGGGAAUGGCACAAACAUGUAUUCGUAUACCAAUCAUGCUGCAGAGUCAGAAAACCUGUGAGCACAUCAGAAGGAAGAUUUCAUGCUGAAAGCUGCCUCGGAUUCAAACUCAAAAUAGGGCAAUUAUGAGGCUUAAUUUUAACUCUGUUCUGUCAUUUUAAAAAAAUCAAAGAAAUAUUGUUUCAGGGAAAGUGCUGGAUCUCCUCCACUGCCAAUACUGACUGCAGAUUAUAUAUUAAAGAAAUGAGUGGA